AAGGCUGCAGUGACCGUUCUUGCGUCAUCUUAACAAUAAAAGUAAAUGCUAACGUUUACCCUAUCUGUAUCACCUCUCAGUCGGCACUCUCAAAACAGUUGGCACGGUACUACCUUUCUUAAUAAGACCUCAUCUUCCCUUGGGAGGGGAGGGAGCACUGGCAGUUGCUGGGUAAUUUGAAGACUACUGUGGAGGGUUUGGUGUCAGCCAACAGCCCCAACGUUUGGUCCAAGUAUGGUGGCCUGGAGCGGCUUUGCAGGGACAUGCAGAGCAUCCUCUAUCAUGGGCUCAUCCAUGACCAGCAGGUGUGUUGCCGCCAGGCUGAUUACUGGCAAUUUGUGAAAGAUAUCCGGUGGCUCAGCCCCCACUCAGCUCUUCAUGUGGAGAAGUUCAUCAACUUGCAAGAGAACGGCCAGAGCAACGCGGACGGUGUGAGUGAGCGGGCUGUCGCAGAGUUGUGGCUGCAGCACAGCUUGCAGUGCCACUGUCUGUCAGCCCAGCUCCGGCCUCUGCUUGGAGACAGACAGUAUAUCAGGAAGUUCUACACAGAUACUGCUUUCCUGCUAAGUGACGCCCACGUCACCGCCAUGCUCCAGUGCCUGGAAGCAGUGGAACAGAACAACCCUCGUCUCCUGGCUCAGAUUGACGCGUCUAUGUUUGCCAGAAAGCACGAGAGCCCACUGCUGGUAACAAAGAGCCAGAGCCUGACAGCUCUGCCUGGUUCCACAUACACCCCACCAACCAGCUAUGCUCAGCAUUCCUACUUCGGAUCCUUCUCGAGCCUCCACCAAUCCGUACCCAAUCAUAGUGCAGAGAGAAGAUCUACUUCCUUUUCACUCUCUGGCCCUCCUCGGAAACCUCAAGAAAGCAGAGGGCACGUCUCACCAGGAGAGGAUCAAACCGUCCAAGCUCCCCUACUUUCAGUCUCUGCACUAGCCAGGGAUCCCUCCUCGACCCCAAAUGAGAUGAGCUCCAGUACUCUGACCAGCCCCAUAGAGGCUUCCUGGGUCAGCAGCCAGAACGAUUCCCCAAGUGAUGCCAGUGAGGGGCCCGAGUACCUGGCCAUUGGCAACCUGGACCCCCACGGCCGGACCGCCAGCUGUCAGAGUCACAGCAGCAAUGCCGAGAGUAGCAGCUCCAAUUUGUUCUCCUCCAGCAGCUCCCAGAAGCCAGAUUCUGCUGCUUCUUCCUUAGGGGACCAGGAGGGAGGAGGGCAGAGCCAGCUGUCCAGUGUCCUCCGCAGGUCCAGCUUCUCAGAGGGGCAGACACUUGCUGUCACCAGUGGGACAAAGAAGAGCCAUAUCCGCUCCCACUCAGAUACCAGUAUUGCCUCCAAGGGAGCCCCAGGAGCCCCCAGGAGUAUCACCAUUAUAGUUGAAGAUCCCAUUGCAGAAUCCUGCAACGAUAAGUCGAAGCUGAGAGGCCCCUUGUCCUCCGGCCAGAGCAGCGAGGUCAGCACGCCCAGCUCUCUGUACGUGGAGCACGAGGGCAGUCAGUACUUGUGUUCGGGGGAAGGCAUGUUCCGAAGACCAUCAGAAGGACAGUCCCUCAUCAGCUACCUCUCUGAGCAGGACUUUGGUAGCUGUGCAGACCUAGAAAAGGAGAAUGCCCACUUCAGCAUCUCGGAGUCCCUGAUUGCUGCCAUUGAGCUAAUGAAGUACAACAUGAUGAGCCAGUGCCUGGAAGAAGGGGAAGUGGAGGAGGAAGACAGUGAUCGGGAGAUCCAGGAACUGAAGCAGAAGAUCCGCCUUCGGCGCCAGCAGAUCCGCACCAAGAACCUGCUCCCCAUGUACCAGGAGACCGAGCAUGGCAGCUUUCGGGUCACUUCUAGCAGCUCCCAGUUCAGUUCACGUGAUUCAGCACAGUUCUCUGACUCUGGCUCUGCUGACGAGGUUGAUGAGUUUGAAAUCCAAGAUGCUGACAUCAGGAGGAACACAGCCUCAAGCAGCAAGUCCUUUAUUUCUUCCCAGUCCUUCUCCCACUGCUUUCUGCACUCCACAUCUGCUGAGGCGGUGGCCAUGGGGCUCCUGAAGCAGUUUGAGGGGAUGCAGCUCCCAGCUGCCUCGGAGCUAGAGUGGCUCGUCCCGGAGCACGACGCCCCUCAGAAGCUCCUGCCCAUCCCUGACUCCCUGCCCAUCUCACCAGAUGAUGGGCAGCACGCUGACAUCUACAAGCUGCGGAUUCGUGUUCGUGGCAAUCUGGAGUGGGCCCCACCGCGGCCUCAGAUAAUUUUUAAUGUUCAUCCAGCCCCAACGAGGAAAAUUGCCGUGGCCAAGCAGAAUUACCGCUGUGCAGGGUGUGGUAUCCGCACUGAGCCUGAUUAUAUCAAGCGGCUGCGGUACUGUGAGUACUUGGGUAAGUACUUCUGUCAGUGCUGCCACGAGAACGCCCAGAUGGUCAUCCCCAGCCGGAUUCUGCGCAAGUGGGACUUCAGCAAGUACUACGUCAGCAAUUUCUCCAAGGACCUGCUCAUUAAGAUCUGGAACGAUCCCCUGUUUAAUGUGCAGGACAUCAACAGCGCCCUCUAUAGGAAGGUCAAGCUGCUCAAUCAAGUCCGACUGCUGCGGGUCCAGCUCUAUCACAUGAAGAACAUGUUCAAGACAUGCCGACUGGCCAAAGAGCUUCUGGAUUCCUUUGAUGCAGUCCCCGGCCACCUGACAGAGGAUCUUCACCUGUACUCACUGAAUGACCUGACUGCAACCAGGAGGGGGGAGCUGGGGCCCCGGCUUGCCGAGCUCACCCGGGCUGGGGCUGCCCACGUAGAGCGAUGCAUGCUCUGCCAAGCCAAGGGCUUCAUCUGUGAGUUCUGUCAGAACGAGGAUGACAUCAUCUUCCCUUUUGAGCUCCAUAAGUGUCGGACCUGUGAAGAGUGUAAAGCGUGUUACCACAAAGCUUGUUUCAAGUCUGGAAGCUGUCCCCGGUGUGAGCGGCUGCAGGCCCGGCGGGAGUUGCUGGCUAAGCAGAGCCUGGAGUCCUACCUGUCAGAUUACGAGGAGGAACCCAGCGAAGCCUUGGCCCUAGAAGCCACUAACCUGGAGACCACCUGAAGAAGGCACUUUGAGCCCUAGGGGCUAGCGUCACACAUGCAGAACUGAGCCACCCUUUUAAGGACUUUCCCCAUUGGGACGUUUUUUCCUUUUAAUUAUUAUUAUUUUUUAUGACUCAUCUGACGUCCACGUGCGUGCAGCCUGUGUCAGGUUGAUGAAGUCCAGCCUGUUGUGACAGAUGCUUUGAAAGCACUGAGUAUUUCCAUCAGAACUGACACGUGGGUCCUUCAGCAAUGCUUCUAGUGCUUCUGUCAGGGAAGUGGAUGACAAGACCCAAGUCUUCCAAUAUGCAUGGCUGUCUCCACCAAGACCAGAUCUGGUUUCAACUGCAUCUCAAUGAUCAUUUCCAUUUUAUUUGGUUUUCGUCCUGGAGCUUCCGAGCCAGUCUUUCUCCUUUGCUGCUGAAACAGGGAUGGAGUUUUCUCUCUCCUAAUCCUGGAAUAGGGGUCAGACUGUACCCUUAGGAGAAGCAACAGAAAAUGGGACUACAUCAUGGGCAUUCUACCCAGCUUAUUUAGAUAUUUUAAGGCCGUAAAACCAGAAUCUGUACUAUCCCAGAAUCCUCAGAGACCUCGAGGAGGCAGCCAUGACUCUUCCCUGUUGGAAAUACUCUCAGCUUAGAUGUCACGAGCUCUUUAUCUACCCCAGUGUGCUUGGAGCUUGAUGCAAGGGCCAGAACUGAUGCUUGGGCCUGUCCGUUUGUAGCCUUACACCACAAGCAUACAUGAGGUCAUCACUCUUACUUAAGGAAAAUCCAGUUAAAGGAGCUGUUGGCCUCCUCUCGAGUGUUGAAGUGUCUUUGAAGUGCCCAGCUCUUUGGUGCAGUUAUGAUCCUUUACGCUCAAGCAAGUCCCUGCUGCCAUUCUGACCCUCCCACCAUCUCAUCAGUGGGUCCUGGGGCCUCUGCUAGAUGGUCGCUGUGGUUCUGUACAAGAGUACAGCCCAACCACGUUCUCUUUCCGUCCUGCAGCAGAGCUGGGACCUCCCCUGGCGGCUGAUCUCUUGCCUUACUUUGUUUCGUCCAAGUCAGAGGGAAAGCUUCCUGUUAUUAGCGGUGUUACAGAACUUGACAAUUUGUGGAUGUGAGUGCAAAUGUUCCUGCAUUCUUGGGAUAACAAGAGCCCGUAUGCCAGUUAUGCACUUAACUCUUUACCUUGGUGAAACUCCUGUGCCCAGUCACCCUUGUCAUAGUACCGAUUUUAACAUGCUCUUCUCUCCUUUUUAA